GACGUGUGCGCUUUCCACUGGAGACUCACAGAGAGAGGAGGGAGAGCGGCGGCGGAGAGACAGGAGAGACAUUCCCGCAGCAGCCCGGGGACCGUACAGCCAGAGCGCACCGGCGGGGAGUGCAGGUAUGGCGAGCAUGCUGUCUAAGCGUCUUGGGAAGAGAUCCCUUCUUGGGGCCCGCGUUUGCGCCCCGAACCUGUCUGCCGACGGGAUGUUGGUGGAGGGUCCGCUGGCUGCGCAAGCCGAUCUCUCUGGAGCAGCCCACCUCGGGGCUUUUGACGGCGGUUGCUACAAGGAGUGCGCAGACGAGGCCGGCGGUCCCGCUGGAAGUCUUCCUUUAAGCCGCUUCAAGCUGCAUCCUGGUCAGAAGGUGUUCAUCACCCACAAUGGAAGAGAGUGCGUGGGUUUGGUGGAGCAGCACAACCAUAUCGAUGACGAGGUGAAGCUGUUCGUUUUGGAGCUGGGGCUCCACUUGUGCAGAAAGACCGAAGACGUGCGCCUGGCGGAGGCCCAGAGAGCAUCGCCCAUGGAGCAGUCUCUUCCCGCCGGUUUUGGGGCAGUUCCCGUCCCAGCUCAGCGGUCGGUGUCUCGCAGCAUCGACGUUCCCAAGAGGCGUUCCGACGCGGUCGAGAUGGAUGAGAUGAUGGCAGCGAUGGUUCUCACCAGCUUGUCUUGCAGCCCGAUCGUACAGAGCCCACCGUCCGCCGACAGCAUCCCAGCUCCCCGAGUGACCUGCGACUUGUGGAAGGAGAGCGAGGAUGUCUCGGACAGCGGCAGCAGCACCACGAGCGGUCACUGGAGCGCGAGCAGCGGCGUCUCCACUCCCUCGCCUCCUCACACCGAAGCGAGCCCCAAAUACACAAGCGAGGUCUUCAGCGCUUCCCACAUUGACGAGGGCUUUGAGACGGAUCCCGAUCCUUUUCUUCUGGAUGAACCGGCCCCACGGAAGAGAAAGAACUCCGUGAAAGUCAUGUACAAGUGUCUGUGGCCAAACUGCGGGAAAUUCCUGCGUUCUAUCGUCGGCAUUAAGCGCCACGUGAAGACCCAGCACCUCGGCGACGGAGCCGAUUCCGACCAGCGUAAGAGGGAAGAGGAUUUCUAUUACACAGAGGUCCAGAUGAAGGAAGAGGCUGAAGCAGAGAGCACCCCGAGGAGCCCAAGCACGGCCACCCCGCCGCUUCUCAUUCAGCCUGCGCAGCCCAAACCGGAGGCUCACGCUCUGGAGGUUCCGGCCGUGGAGUCUCCGUUGCCCAGCGCGCUCAGUCAGUCCGCACCCGGAUCCUUCUGGCACAUCCAGGCUGACCACGCGUACCAGGCCCUGCCUUCCAUCCAGAUUCCAGUUUCUCCUCACAUUUUCACGAGCAUAAGCUGGGCGCCGGCUCCUCCAACCAUCCCGACCCUCUCUCCGAUCCGAAGCCGGUCACUCAGUUUCAGUGAGCAGCAAGCGCAGACGGCAGCGAUAAAGUCCCACCUGAUCGUGGCUUCCCCCCCGAGAGCGUCAAACGGCAGCAGGAAAGUCCGCGGCGAAGCAAAGAAAUGCCGUAAGGUCUAUGGCAUCGAGCACAGAGACCAGUGGUGCACCGCCUGCCGGUGGAAGAAAGCCUGCCAGCGAUUUCUCGACUGAGCAAGAAGGCCGCGGAACGCGCGCUGUCCGCUGAAAAGCUGACGCUCGCCUCCCCCCCUCCCCCGCUCCGGCACCUGA